AUUGGCCACAUAUCAGUUUACUUCUGUCUUUGCAAUGUUUCGCACCUUUCACGCGAUUCUCUUCCUGGGACUCCCCUUGUGGGCUUCCGCGGCUCUUCCCAGCCUCCGUGAUAGCGACUGGGGCUUCAUGGAGGUUCGUCCGGGUGCUCAUAUGUUUUAUUGGUUCUUCAACACACGCGCUGAAGUGAGACACACGCAGGAACGUCCACUGAUUGUGUGGCUUCAAGGUGGACCUGGCGCCUCAUCGACAGGUCAUGGAAACUUUGAGGAAAUCGGGCCAUUAGACGUGGAUCUCAUGCCGAGAAAUUUCACCUGGGUCAAAGACUUCAAUGUACUGUUCAUCGAUAGUCCCGUUGGUGCGGGAUACAGCCACGUAGAUCAUACAGAUCUCCUACCCACGGACAAUGCCCAAAUUACUGCGGAUCUUGUAACAUUCCUCGGGAUGUUCUACGACAAACAUCCACGCCUAAUGACAGCCCCACUUCAUAUUUUUGGAGAAAGUUACGGAGGGAAAGCAGCUGUUGAGCUGACCCUAAGUCUUGUGCGUCAACCAAUGCGGAAGACACGAAAGGUCAUCCCGGAAUCCGUUGUUCUCAUUGAUCCGUGGAUCUCUCCACUUGACUCAAUGCUCUCCUGGGCGCCAUUCCUCUUCAACACCGGUGUGGUUGACCGGAAGGGGUUUGGUGCAAUUGUCGCGGCCACAAUGAGAACGCAGGAAGCCAUGAAACGACGAGACUACCGCAGAGCAACGAAACUUUGGGGUGAAACAGAGAAAACAAUCCAGAAGUACACCUACGGCGUGGAUUUCUACAACAUCCUCAAGCCCAUCCCGUUCAAAUCAAUUCGCAACAACCGAUUCGGUGUGCAGUAUGAAGAGGAUGAAGCCCGCAUCCACAAUCUAAUGAACACCCAAGUAAGGAAAGCCCUCAAUGUUCCCAAGAAAUAUGUCUGGGGAAGUCAGAGGCAGUCUGUUUUUGCUGCUCUCUCGGGGGAUUUCCUCAAACCAGCUGUAGAUACCGUUGAGAGACUUCUCAAUGAGACUGACGUGAUGGUGGCCGUUGUUACGGGGCAAUUGGAUUUAAUUGUUGCCACUCCCGGAACACUUAGGUGGGUUGAACGACUCAAUUGGUCAGGAAAGCAGAGUUUUCAGAACUCCGACAGGAAGGCAAUUGUUGUGAAUAGUAUCCACGAAGGGUAUGCAAAGAAAUACGACAAUCUAUCCCUCUACUGGAUCCUAAGGGCAGGACAUAUGGUGCCCAGAGAUAAUCCCGGAGCAAUGACUCAUAUUCUCCGGAGUGUUACCCAAAUUCCAUAGAAAUUAUGUAUGAAUGCAAUAAAAAUAUUUUCUUUUACUUACCAA